AAUUUCCGUGCACAAAAUCAGAAUGGUAUAAGCAACAAAUUGAGGAGUCAGAAGUGGAAGGGUUCCAGGGCUCGUUCUGGGCACCAAUUAAGCAGAAAGACAUGCCACAAAAAGAAGAAAACUUCUGUGCACAAUUGCAGAAUGCAUUGAAAUCAACAGUGUUUGCAGUUUGUAGCAUGUUGAGUAAUCAGACUCGAGCUUUAGAAGUUAUAUUUGCAUUUGAUGAAGCUAGAGCAUUACUGGAACCACAUGACACUUUGAAUGGAAAUAAUUUGUUUUAUUACUUGAUAAUGGCAUAG